UAUAUACCUAGGUCCAUUUAGGGUGAGCCUGACCAAAUCAUCCAACUCUUAUUUCAUUCUCUUGCAACAAAAAUAGGAAGAUCAAUUGUCAACAAAAGGAAAAAAUUAAAGGAGGCAAAAGGCAAACAAAAAAAGAAAAAAAGGACAACUUUUGAGAAAUAACUUGCGUCAACAUCAAUGGCGUUCGGUGGAGCAAUUAGCAGUGGUGGUGAAAAUGUACAUUACAAUGGGAAAGUUACAGUAACCGUUAUGCUUUCAUGUAUUAUCGCAGCUACCGGUGGACUCCUCUUUGGCUAUGAUACUGGAGUUACAGGUGGAGUGACCUCAAUGGAGGCCUUCCUGAAGAAAUUCUUCCCUGAGGUCUACACAAACAUGAACUCCAAUACAGAAGUCAGCAACUACUGCAAAUUCGACAGCCAGCUCUUGACCGCUUUCUCUUCCUCAAUCUACGUAUCCGGCCUCAUCGCCUCUUUCUUUGCUUCGCGCAUCACUAUGGAAUAUGGCCGCAAGCGCUCAAUCAUCUGCGGUGGAAUCGCGUUUUUCAGUGGGGCCGCCAUUGGCGGCGCCGCCGAAAACCUCUACACGCUGAUGAUGGGACGUCUCCUUCUCGGUGUUGGGGUCGGUUUUGCUAACCAGGCUGUCCCGUUGUACCUAUCAGAAAUGGCUCCUUCGAAAUACAGAGGAGCCUUCAACUUCGGUUUCCAAUGCUUCCUCAGCAUCGGGAGCACGGGCGCGUUCCUCCUCAACUACGUCACCUCCAAAAUCAGCGGCGAUCUCGGGUGGCGAAUUUCUCUGGUGACAGCUGUCGUCCCUGCAUCCGUCCUCACCCUCGGCACCCUAUUCCUCCCGGAGACCCCCAACAGCCUUAUCCAGCGUGGACACAACACGGAGGACGCCAGGAAGCUCCUCCAGAAAAUCCGUGGGACGGACGACGUGGACGCUGAGCUGGACGAUCUCCUCUCCGCCACGUACGCAGCCCAGCAGAUGAGGGCCCCGUUUGGGAAAAUCCUGAAGAGGCAUUAUCGACCUUACCUCGUCAUGGCGGUGGCGAUCCCCUUCUUCCAGCAGAUGACUGGGAUUGCGGUUAUCUCUUUCUACGCCCCAAUUCUGUUCCAGACGAUCGGGUCGGACGAGAGCGGGUCUCUCAUGUCUUCCCUGAUAACAUCCUCCCUCGGGAUUGUCUCCACGGUGCUCUCGUCCUUUCUCGUGGACCGUGUUGGUCGGCUGGUCAUCUUUGUUGUUGGUGGGGUCCUCAUGUUCGCCACUCAGAUGGCGAUUGGAGGGAUCAUGGCCGAGAAGCUUGGUGACCAUGGGGUGUUAAGCCCGGGUUACAAUGCUGCGAUCGUGGUCCUGAUCUGCGCCUACGUGACGGCGUUCGGGUUCUCGUGGGGCCCGCUUGGGUGGCUGGUGACGAGCGAGAUCUUCCCGUUGGAGAUACGUUCGACAGGGCAGAGCAUAACGGUGGCGGUCAGCUUCUUGUUCAGUUUCGUGAUCGGGCAGGUGUUUUUGGCGAUUCUGUGCCAUCUUAAGUCGGGGACGUUCUUUUUCUUCGGGGGAUGGGUGGCGUUGAUGACGGGUUUCGUUUUCAUUUUGUUGCCGGAGACGAAGAAUGUGCCGAUCGAGAAGAUGGAUAGGAUAUGGAGGGAGCAUUGGUUCUGGAGGAGGUAUAUGAUUGAUGAUGAUGAUGAUUUGGAGUGGAUGGAGGAUAACAUUGAGGAGCCCUUUUUGAAAUUCGUUAAAUAAAAUUGCUUUGUUGUUGAUAAGUGGACAAGAUUCUUGUGUGCCUUUUAUUAUUUCAUUUUUUGAUUUCGUUUUUUAGACUGGAUAUAUAGGUUCACACUCUUGUUAGAGAAAAAUUUUCUUGUACAAGGAUGAUGUGGUUAUUAUAUAAAGAAGAAGUUGGCUACAGUAGUAUUGGCGGACAAUGGUUUGAUCACCAGUUUCGUACUGGGAUGCGCAGGCAAAACUCUUUUCCUUAUUUGUAUGAUUUGUUGUUUUGGGUCAUGAGCAUAUGAUGAGGCUCUGCCACAGGUUGGAAUUUUUGGUCCAUCUAUUGUUUCCUUUCGAGCCGAAUGGAGGAGAAAAUCUUUGAUGGUGAUGGAAAUUCUUGAAAUAUUAUUGCAUAAAAGAAUGAGAAUUUUUGUACAAAAAUAUUUUUUCUCUCAUUUUUUUCUCUUUCUUUCUCCUCUUUCUUCCCCGUUCCUUCCUA